CAUUAGUCAUUGAAUAAGAUUAAAUGAGAAAAUGAAUAGCACCUUAAUGGACUCUUGAAUGACACCUUGAUGACUAUUUGAAUAGCCUUUAGUUGGAUCAUGAAUGUCCCUUUAAUGGUGAGGAAUUACUUCUUCAUUGUGAGAAAUUACAACAUGAAAGAUGAUGAAUGUAAAGGUAUAGCAUCCACUAAUAAAAAAAAUUCACAAUAAAAAGUAAUUUUAUUUUUUUCAUAGUAUCUAAAAAAUAAUGAGACCUAAAUCACAAUAAAAUAAAUAAUUAAAG